CGUCUAUGUCAAAAACAUAACUCUUUCCAAUAACUCUAAAAACUCGCUAUAUAUACCUCGCUCAGUCUUUAAACCCUAGACCCUUUGCUCCUCUUCCUCCUCGCUAUUCUCCUCGUCUCCCUUCCACACUCUGCAGUACGCACUCAAGAGGUGUAUCCGAGGAGCAUAGAAAAUGCUUAUUCUGUAUGAGACUCAGGCGGGUCCCGCCCUAUUGAAAGUGUUGGAUGAAGGGAAGCUCUCCAAAGUUGAUGACUUGUGGAAGGAGUUUUCUACUCCUGAAUCAGCUAGAAAGGUGGUCAAGCUGGUUGCUUUUAACAAGUAUGAAAACACAGCAGAAGCUUUAGAAUCAACGACCUUACUGGUUGACAGUAAGCCCAGUAAAGGUCUACGCAAGUUUUUGCGUGCUCACUGUGAUGGUGAAACUUUAGCUGUAGCAGAUUCAAAGCUUGGGAGCAUCAUUAAGGAAAAACUGCAAGUAGACUGUGUCCACAACAAUGUUGUUAUGGAGUUGAUGAGAGGUGUGCGAAGUCAAUUGACUGAACUGACUGGCCUAUCAGCUAAAGAUUUGGCACCAAUGAGCUUGGGAUUGUCUCAUAGUCUUGCUCGAUACAAGCUGAAGUUCAGUGCUGACAAGGUUGAUACAAUGAUUAUUCAAGCCAUUGGGUUGCUUGAUGAUCUUGAUAAAGAGCUGAAUACUUAUGCAAUGAGAGUUCGAGAAUGGUACGGUUGGCAUUUUCCAGAGCUUGCAAAGAUUGUGCAGGACAACAUUCUUUAUGCCAAGGCUGUGAAGCUGAUGGGUGACCGUACUAAUGCUGCAAAGCUUGAUUUUUCUGAGAUAUUGCCCGAGGAGGUUGAGACUGAAAUGAAGGAAGCAUCUAUGAUUUCUAUGGGAACUGAAGUCAGUGACCUUGAUUUGAUUAAUAUCAAAGAACUCUGUGACCAGGUCAUUUCUCUUUCUGAGUACAGAGCUCAACUUUACGAUUAUUUGAAGAGCAGAAUGAACACCAUCGCUCCAAACUUGACUGCUCUUGUUGGAGAGCUUGUUGGUGCUCGCCUCAUUGCCCAUGGGGGUAGCUUGAUAAACCUUGCAAAACAACCUGGAAGCACAGUCCAAAUUCUUGGUGCUGAGAAGGCACUGUUCAGGGCACUAAAGACCAAGCAUGCAACUCCCAAGUAUGGGCUUAUCUACCAUGCAUCAUUGAUUGGGCAGGCAGCUCCUAAGCUCAAGGGAAAAAUUUCAAGGUCACUGGCUGCAAAGACAGCAUUGGCAAUUAGAUAUGAUGCUCUUGGGGAUGGGCAAGAUAACUCAAUGGGAUUGGAGAACCGAGCUAAGCUUGAGGCACGGUUGAGGAAUCUUGAAGGAAAAGAGUUGGGUCGAUCUGCUGGAUCAACUAAAGGCAAACCGAAGAUAGAAGUCUAUGACAAGGACAGGAAGGCGGGAGCUGGUGGUUUGAUUACUGCUGCUAAGACUUACAACACUGCAGCAGAUUCUAUUCUUGGACAAACUGAUAAGAAAGAAUCUCUAAAGAAGAAGAUUGAGGAAGCAGCUGAGGAAUCUCCUGUUACAGACAAAAAAGAGAAGAAGAAAAAGAAGAAGAGGCAGACCGAAGAGGAGGAUUCAGCAGCUGUGCCAGAGAAUGGAAAUGGUAAUGCACAUGCAGAUGGUGAAGCUAAAAAAGAGAAGAAGAAGAAGAAGAAACACUCAGCCGAGGAAGCUGAGGUACAGAAUGAUGGUGAAAAAGUUGAUGCAGGUGAAAAAAAGAAGAAGAAAAGAAAGCAUGUUGAAGAAGAAGAAGAAGCAGAAGUACCCAGCACAAAGAAAGAGAAAAAGAAGAAGAAGAAGAGUUCAGAUUGAUAAGUUCAGGAAAUUGUAGUAGCUUUGGAACUCAAAAAUUUUGGUUAAUUUUAGCAAACUAUCUUAUUUUCUUAAUGUAUAAUUUGGUUCUUGGUGCAUUACAUCGCUGUUUUGGUAAGUUUAGGCUCUCAAAUAUGUAUCCUUGAGUUGUCUUGGGACUCAGUUGCAGAAAAUUUGUUCAGAAGACAUAAUUACUCCUCUCCAUAAACUAUAAGUAAUGCUGCAUAUUCUUUUCUUUGCAUAA